AUGGAAUGGGUUUCAGGCAUAAUUUUCAUCCUAGGGACACUUGGUUUGAUAAGUGCUUGGAGGGUGUUGAAUUGGGUGUGGCUGAAGCCAAAGAAGCUAGAGAAGCUGUUAAGAGAACAAGGACUUCAUGGUAAUUCAUAUAGGAUCUUGGUUGGGGAUAUUAAGGAUCUUUUUAAGAUGGAAAAGGAAGCUAAAUCCAAACCCAUGAAUCUCUCCGAUGAUAUAAUUCCACGUGUCAGUCCUUACAUACAAAAGAGUAUUAAAAUUCAUGGCAAGAAUUCCUUUAUUUGGUUUGGGACAAAACCUAGAGUGACACUCACAGAACCUGAGCAAAUAAAAGAUGUAUUGAACAAGAUCUCUGAAUUUCCAAAGACAAAUUAUAAAAUUUUCAAGUUAUUAGCUAGUGGUCUUGCUAGUUAUCAGGGAGAAAAGUGGAGCAAACAUAGAAAACUGAUCAACCCUGCAUUCCAUUUAGAAAAAUUGAAGAUUAUGACGCCAGCUUUCUUGGAAAGUUGCAAUGAUUUGAUUAGAAAAUGGGAAGAAGUGUUGUCUUCAGAUGCGUCAUGUGAAAUAGACAUAUGGCCUUCACUUCAGAAUCUGGCAAGUGAUGCUAUCUCUCGAGCAGCUUUCGGAAGUAGUUAUGAAGAAGGAAAAAGAAUAUUUCAACUUCAAAGAGAGCAAGCUGAACAUAUAAUAAAACUUGUAACAAAAUCUAUCAUUCCACUAUGGAUGUUCCUACCUGCUAUUGUACAUAAAAGGAUGAAUGAAAUUGACAAAGAUAUAAAGUCUUCGCUUAAAGAUAUAAUUAACAAGAGGGAGAAAGCACUAAAGACAGGUGAAUCUACUACGAACGACUUAUUGAGUAUUCUUCUUGAAUCAAAUCAUAAGGAAAUUGAAGAAAAUGCAAACAACAAGAAUGUGGGAAUGAGUCUUGAUGAUGUAGUCGAGGAAUGCAAGUUGUUCUACUUUGCAGGACAAGAAACUACUUCGGUUUUGCUUGUUUGGACAAUGAUAUUGUUGAGUAGGUACCCUGAUUGGCAACGACGUGCAAGGGAGGAGGUAUUACAAAUCUUUGGCAACAAAAAACCAGACUUUGAUGGACUAAAUAAUUUGAAGAUUGUUACCAUGAUUUUGUAUGAGGUUCUUAGGUUAUACCCUCCGGACAGUGAACUUUGGGGUGAUGAUGCUAAGAUGUUCAAUCCUGAGAGAUUUUCCGAAGGAAUUUCUAAAGCAACAAAUGGUAGAGUUUCGUUUUUUCCAUUUGGAUGGGGUCCUAGAAUUUGCAUUGGACAAAACUUUUCCUUAAUAGAAGCAAAGAUGGCAAUGACAAUGAUUUUGCAGCAUUUCUCAUUUCAACUUUCACCAACCUAUGCUCAUGCUCCAUCCGCUUCCAUUACUCUACAGCCACAAUAUGGUGCUCAAAUUAUUAUACGUAAAGUCGAAACAUAA